AUGAUCAUCGCCGGCGACUACAUCGACCUAACGCUGGGCGUCACACUGGGCAUCAGCACCAUGGCCGCCGCCGGUCUGGGCAAUGCGCUCUCCGAUGUGGCCGGCGUCGGGUCAGCCUACUACGUCGAGCGAAUCGCCGACAAGAAGGAGAACCAAAAGGAGAACAACGUUCCUGGGAGCACAGCUUUUGUAAACAAGUUCCGAAAGGAAUGCAAGGUAUCUGAGAAGCCACCGGCAGUCAAGCAAAAGGAGAACCAGAAGGAGAACAACGUUCCUGGGAGCACAGCUUUUGUAAGCAAGUUCCGAAAGGAAUGCAAGGUAUCUGAGAAGCCACCGGCAGUCAAGCAAGUGAUUGAGAACAUCGACAAGGACUACAAUUGCUACCUUCUUUCUGAUUAUGCUGCGGAUAUUUACAAGUACCUUCGAGAACUCGAGGAAAAGCAAUCACUUAAACCUAACUUUCUUGCGAUCAAAAACACCGUACAGCCAAACAUGCGAUCAAUUCUCAUCAACUGGAUCCUCCAGGUGCAUCAAUCUUUCAACCUUGCGCCCGAGACGCUGUACAUUUGCGUGUCUAUUAUUGAUCGAUUCCUGGCUCGGGAGCUCGUGCAGAAGACCCGACUCCAACUGGUUGGUGUGACGGCGCUCUUCAUUGCUUCCAAGUAUGAAGAAAUCUACUACCCCGAGAUUGGCCAAUUUGUCGACAUGUGUGAUAAGCUUUACACCAAGCGAGACAUUAUCAAGAUGGAGUUGGAGAUUCUGGGCAAGCUCAAGUUUGAGCUGGGUCGUCCACUGCCGCUGCACUUUCUUCGUCGGAUCUCAAAGGCCGCCAAGGCCGACGGUCGCACUCACAUGCUGGCAAAGUAUCUCUGCGAGCUGACUCUGGUCGAGUACGAGUGCGCCCACUGGAACCCGUCUCUGUUGGCGGCCACGGCGCUGUACCUGUCUCUGCGCCUGAUGGAGCUGGAGAAGAAUGGCUCAUUGAGCCCUCUUUCCGUUGAUGCCGAAGCAUUCUGGACGCCCACUAUUGAGCAUUACUCUGGCUACAAGA